CUAUCAAUUCAUGAUUUUAAAGUCUUGGAGCCAGGCUCAUAGGUCUGAUCGGCACAUUUUUCCUAUUUCAGGCAAGGUUGAGAAAUCGGAUGUAACGUCAUUAUGCAUAAUAGCAUUCAGGUUCACACUGUUGAGCAGUGUUGGCAAUUUGCUAGUGGUAUUUCAUCAUGAUGGUACCAGCAAAGACACAAGUGAGCUGCUAACUGGCACAAUGGAGGUUGUUGUUUGCUUCUAUUAUCUGAGCACAUUAGCGCCUUCGAACGUGCGCCCCAACGCACGGAAUUUCAUAGACACAGGCGCUCUUGUUAUUAUGUCUUAUCUGUUAUUACUGGACAUCAACUUGAGCUUUCUCUGGCUCGCCAUCUUGCCCACAAUGGCCAUUGUUUUCAUAACAGCGCUUUACAUCAAGCUCAAUCAUCAUACUGGUGAUAGCCAUGGAAAAGCUACUCCAGGAUCUUCUAACAUCGACGAGAAGACCAUCAAGACACCGAUGGAGCUUCGGAUCAUAGUGGUGGCGACUUUUGGGGCUCUCCUAGUCAUGGAUCAGCUCGACGACGAUACAGCUGGUGGGUUCACCAUCUCCCAGUUCCUCCUAUUCCUGAGCUCCACGGUGGCGGCAUUGACAUGCAUGGUGAUGAAGCUGCCUGCCGAUCGUUUUUUGGGCAGUGCUCCGGCAUCAGAGUUGCUCCAAAAGGCCUUGCUUCUGCUCCUACUGGUGACGGUGCACACAUUGGCCGCGGAGUUGUUGGGCGAGGACGUGGUUCUGUUCUGCAUGCCAGAGAUCAUCCCGGUGCUCCUCUGGUUCAGCCUUAAUCUCGACCGCCCACACCACAGCCCGCUCACCAACAUCUACAAAAUGAAGCCACACAUGAAGGGACUCACUAUUGCCAAAGGUGUCCUGGUGGUAGUUCCUCUUUUCGCGUGCUUAGUGAGCUCCAUGGAUGUAUCUGGGCUCUCCUACUGCACGACGAUCAUGGUGGCAUGUGGCAUCUCAGGGGUUCUGACCUACUACAUUGUAUUCAUGCUAAACUACUGGCAUUGGCCGUGGCAGAAGCAACAAGCAGCAGCUGGCAGCAGCAGCAAGGACGAUGUGCCUUCCUCAGGUAUGCUCAAGUUUUGGGCAGAUGUUUUACUGAUAGCGGCAGCAGUGUUGCUGCUGCUAAGGUAUAUGGUUGAUGUCCGGCUUGAUCUCCAACAAUCACUAUAGUUGGUAGACUAUGUCGAAAUUUGCGAUGACUAUGCUAGUAUAGUCCUAGUACACCCUAGUUGUGUAUGUAUGUUGUUAUUUUUUCGCCAUAUA